CACCAUCCAAAUAUACAAACACACAAAGGUCCCCUCUUGUUCCCAAAGGUAAACCAAUAAUAUUCUCAUAUCAAUCUCACUCCUUUUAAGCACAGUUGCUUCCUUUCACUAGUCCCAAUGAAUUUCUUUUACCCUAAAAAAACAAAUUCUACAUAUCUUAUUAUAAACUGACACAGUUUUCUUUCUGGGGUACCUUCAUUUGUCCAUCUUUCUCAUGCACUGCGAGUUCCAAUGGAGAUUUUCCGGUGCUUGGCUUACAAGCUUUUACUUUCUUUGAUGUUCAUCUUAGUGGUCUCAGCCAUUGAUCCCUACUCAGAGGCACUUCUGGGUUUAAAAUCUGAGCUUGUAGAUGAUGAUCACAGUUUGAGUGACUGGCUUGUACCUCCUGGAAAGAAUGCACCUGGAGAAGUAUCUGCAUGUUCUUGGUCUGGCAUCACUUGCAACAGCAACAAAACCAUUGUUAUUGGCUUAGACCUGUCAAUGAAGAAUCUUUCUGGUGUAAUGACUGGGAAGCAACUCGGUGUCUUCACUAAGCUUGUUGAUCUCAACCUCAGCUUCAACUCUUUCUCUGGGCAGCUUCCUGUGGAGAUUUUCAACCUUUCCAAUCUAAACGUCUUAGAUAUCAGCAGAAACAAUUUUUCCGGCCACUUUCCUGGUGGGAUAUCUGGUCUAAAGAACCUGGUUGUGUUUGAUGCCUUCAGCAACAGUUUUUCAGGGCCAUUGCCUGUUGAAGUUCCACAGCUUGACUCUCUCAAAGUUCUUAACUUUGCUGGGAGUUACUUCAAUGGACCAAUUCCACCAGAAUAUGGAUCUUUCAAGAGCCUUGAGUUUCUUCACCUAGGAGGAAAUUUUCUGAGUGGUAACAUACCACCAGAACUGGGUAAACUCAAAACAGUGACCCAUAUGGAGAUUGGCUACAACACUUACCAAGGAAGUAUUCCAUGGCAAUUGGGAAACAUGAGUGAACUUCAGUAUCUUGAUAUUGCUGGUGCAAAUCUCUCUGGCCCAAUACCAGAGCAACUCUCCAACCUCACCAAUCUGCAAUCACUUUUUCUCUUCAGAAACCAGCUCACUGGAUUGAUACCACGGGAGUUCAGCAGAAUCAUGGCUCUCACAAACUUGGAUCUUUCUGAUAACCAAAUUUCAGGGCCUAUACCUGAGAGCUUUGUAGAGUUGAAGAACCUGAGACUCCUCAGUCUUAUGUACAAUGAGAUGAAUAGCACUGUCCCCGAAGGCAUUGCAGAACUCCCAUCACUGGAAACUCUUCUUAUAUGGAACAAUUUCUUCUCUGGUUCACUUCCACAGAGCUUAGGCAGAAACUCAAAAAUCAAGUGGGUGGAUGUUUCCACAAACAAUUUCAUUGGUAGAAUUCCACCUGAUAUAUGUUCAGGAGGUAUGCUAUAUAAGUUGAUCUUGUUUUCCAAUAAUUUUUCGGGCAGUCUUUCACCAUCGCUCUCAAAUUGUUCUUCACUUGUUCGUCUUAGACUUGAAGACAAUUCAUUCUCAGGUGAGGUUCCUUUAAAAUUCAGCCAUCUUUCUGAUAUCACAUAUGUGGACUUGUCAAGGAACGAUUUGACAGGUGGGAUUCCCACAGACAUAUCCCAAGCUGCCAAGCUUCAGUACUUCAACAUCUCUAACAAUCCAGAAUUAGGAGGCAUGAUCCCUGCAGAGACAUGGUCUUUGCCACCUGUUCAAAACUUCUCAGCAUCCUCUUGUAGUAUCUCAGGCAAUCUUCCUCCAUUCCAGUCUUGCAAAUCCAUUUCUGUAAUUGAAUUGAGCAUGAACAAUUUGUCAGGAAUUGUCCCAAAAAGUGUUUCUAAUUGCCAGGCUAUUGAGAGGAUGGAUUUGGCAAACAAUAAUUUGUCAGGUCAUAUACCUGAAGAGCUUGCAAAUCUUCCUGCUCUUAGUGUCUUGGACCUAUCACACAAUAGUUUCAACGGCCCAAUACCAGUAAAGUUUGGUAGUUCUUCAAGUUUACUACUAUUGAAUGUGUCUUUCAAUGAUAUCUCCGGUUCCAUUCCCUCAGAAAAUUCAUUUAGAUUAAUGGGUAGCACUGCAUUUGUUGGAAAUCCUCAGCUAUGUGGAGCACCUCUGCGACCAUGUUCUGGUUCAGAUACAAUAUUGGGAAGCAAAGGCACAAGGAAGCUAAGAUGGGUCCUGGUACUGUGUGCAGGGGUGGUCAUAUUAAUUGUAGCAUUAAUUCUUGGGAUAAUUUACUUCCAAAGAGGAUUUAAAGGCCGAUGGAAGAUGGUCUCGUUUAAUGGAAUCCCUCGAUUCACUGCCAAGGAUGUUUUGAAGAGCCUCGGUUCUACAGAAUCAGCAGAAGCUGUACAAGCACCAUCGGCUUCAGUUUGUAAGGCAGUCCUGCCUACAGGUAUAACAGUUCUGGUGAAGAAAAUUGAAUGGGAAGCCAAGAGAAUAGGGGUCAUGUCAGAAUUUAUAACAACCUUGGGAAAUUCAAGGCACAAGAAUUUGAUUAGAUUGUUGGGAUUUUGCUAUAACAAGCAUUUGGCUUAUCUUUUGUAUGAUUACUUGCCUAAUGGGAAUUUAGCUGAGAAAAUAAGAAUGAAGAUGGAUUGGGCAACCAAAUACAAAAUUAUAGUUGGGAUUGCAAAGGGACUUUGCUUCCUUCACCACGACUGUUAUCCAGCAAUUCCUCAUGGAGAUCUGAAGUCAAGUAACAUAGUGUUUGAUGAAAACAUGGAACCCCAUUUGGCAGAAUUUGGCUUCAAGUAUCUGGUACAGUUGAAUAAAGGUUUAUAUCCAGCAACUUCCAAGAAGGAAACAGGUGAAUUCAACAAUGCCAUUAAAGAGGAGCUUUACACGGACGUUUACAACUUCGGAGAGAUCAUUCUGGAAAUUUUAACUAAUGGCAAGUUGACAAAUGCAGGAGCAAGCAUUCACAACAAACCAAAGGAGGUUCUUUUAAAAGACAUUUACAAUGAGAAUGAAGUUGAUUGUAAAACCUCGUUGCAAGAGGAGAUAAAAUUGGUUGUUGAUGUUGCUUUCAUCUGCACUAGAAGUAGGGCAUCUGAUCGUCCAUCCAUAGAAGAUGCACUCAAGUUUUUAUCAGGGUUGAAGCCACAAGAUAAUAACAGAACUUAAGCAGGAGGGCUCCAAGUUAUAAUUUCAAUUACACAUUUCCAUAUAUUAUUGGACAUAACAGAUAUAAAGAAUAGUUAGAUGAUAAGAGUGCCUGUCUGUAGUUAAUCUGGUCCAUAGCUUGCUUUUAUCAUAAUUAUUAGAACUGUUUUGCACUAUAAAAGUGGCACUGCUGUAUAAUAGUGACCUAUGAGGUUGUGUACCCUUCACCCCAUCUUGAGGGGUGGUGGUGGACUAUAUAUAUAUACAUAUUUGUUCAACUUUCAA